CCACUAGCGUCCUCACAAUGGGUAGCGAGGUCCAAUCACAGGUCUUUGGACUCCGUGUACGGUAAAGUGUUGGGGGGGAGGUGUGCACCGGCGUCAUAUGAUUGUCAUUAAACCUCGCAAAUCAUGGAAACGUCCGGAGUUGAGAGGCAACAAAUCACAGAGCCAGACGGCGUCGAAGAACCCACAAGGGUUGGGUCAGUGAGUAGUCUCGAUAGCGGGGACCCACCAGACCUCUUGCCUGCCGAAGUUCUAGAGGCCGACCACGCCACCGCUAUGAUCGACGCCAGCGACUUUCGUGCACUCGCCGAGCCCACCUACCAGACUUUGAACGGUCGCAUGUCACCAGCAAGUUUUGGUGCUGCAAGCAGUUACGCAACUUUAACGCCGCUUCAACCUCUGCCUCCUAUUUCCACCAUGUCUGACAAGUUCUCCCAUUACGGACACCACCAUGCCGGUAACGUGAGUGGAAGUUUCACCUUGAUGCAAAACAACGCUCUCGGAAUGGGAAUGAACAGUUACCAAUACGACAAACUGGGAACCAUGGCCGGAAUGAACAUGAGUCCUACCUUGGGUGCCACACACCAUUCUGCCAUGUCUAUGAUGACCGCCAACGGUUUGGGUGGACAGCAGGCGGGCAUCCCUUCGCCUCCCUACUCACAGAACGGUCUGCAUUCACCCGAAAAAAACAUGUCUCCAGGUGGGUAUGAACCUUAUCCUCAUCGAGAUCUCAGUCGCAGUCUCGGGUCACCCCAAAGUCCAACUGUCACCCUACACACUCCCACUUCUAUGAUGACGACCCUCAACGGUCUGAAUGCACCUCACACACCUCCUUCUAGUCAUUUAGCCACACCUGGUACACCACCCGGUCUCCACGAUAUCAAGCCGGCCACAAGUUUGACAGCACCAACUCCGGUUUCGGCUAUCAGUUUGGCCACUCCUCAUCAUCCGGGUCUAGGACAAGGUCAGGUACAGUCGGCUGCCCUUCAGAACACAUUGGUGCAAGCCGUGGCACCCCCCAACCCUUCGGUGGUGAAUCACAUCAAACCCGGUGCUUCCCAGCAAAGUAAUAAAGCACCGACAGCCGAUGACGUCGAGGAGAUUAACACCAAAGAAUUAGCACAGCGGAUUAGCGCAGAACUUAAACGUUAUAGCAUUCCUCAAGCCAUAUUUGCACAACGGGUACUAUGUAGGUCACAAGGAACCCUCUCAGAUCUGCUGAGAAACCCUAAGCCUUGGAGCAAGCUGAAAUCGGGACGAGAAACGUUCCGAAGAAUGUACAAGUGGCUGGAGGAACCCGAAUUUCAAAGAAUGUCUGCGCUGAGAUUAGCAGGUAAGUCAGCAUCCCCUUGGUGUUCAGCUACAAAUACUGGAGCCUGCAAGCGGAAAGAAGAACAGCACCAGCAAUUAAAGAGUCCCAACACCCCCAAGAAACCUCGACUUGUGUUUACCGACCUGCAGCGGCGCACCCUACAAGCCAUUUUUAAAGAAACAAAGAGACCUUCGAAGGAGAUGCAGAUCACCAUCUCUCAACAGUUAGGACUAGAGUUAAGUACUGUCGGUAAUUUCUUCAUGAAUGCUCGAAGAAGAUCCCAGGAUAAGUGGGAAGACGAGAAUAAGGUCAAGAACACAUCCACGUCGUCUAGUACCCUCAUUCCAAAUAGUAGUUCCAUGUCAACGACUGGUAUUCCAACGCUCACAUUGGCGGCGGUACCCCACAGCACCACAUAACCAUUCACCCCCUUCCCAAGCGUUCCACUCAUUCCUAUCAUCUAAAAAAUCCUUCUGUGGUUCAUCCAGUGCAGUCUGGUUAGUCCGAAAAACGUGUUUUAUAGCAUCCAUUUUAGAUCACACUUUCCCAUUCCUCACGAAACUCACUGCACUCGGGAUGACCGACUGUCCUAUACAAGACGCGUUCUCGAAACAGAAGCACACUCUUUAUAGUGUUAUUAUUUUACCCAUCGUAGCGUAGGGCGCGUGCUACAUCUCCAGGUAUGGAGACUAAACCGAUUUCUCCCACGCUGUAAAGUAGUACAACCCCCCGGAAGAGUUAGAAACUUGUAACCCAGUCAUCAUAUGUUCGAAUCUAGUCUUUUUGGCUGUGGGAACCGCACUAGACUUUUCCGUCGGAACGUCGUAUUUAUCACGUCGCCUUGCCAUUAGCACGCGUUACAUGCACGUGCUAGUAAUUAAUUAUGCUUUGGGAAAAUUAGUCGUGGAUGUGAAGUCGAGUUAAUUAACGGGAAUGGAGUAACUAAGCUGUGCUGGGGAUGGGACGUCGAGGGACGUAAAGUUGUCACCGACACGACCCAAAACUUCAAUUUUCAACAUUACGUUUGUCCACAUUACAAAAUUGCUUUUCUCACUUUAAAAAUAAUAACAAACAAGACGCACAAGACGCAUCUUGGGUGCGACCAGAGCUACCCUCAGGUAGCAUUUCUCUUUACUUUUGUGAUAUUUACAACUUGUUUUUUACAAUCGUUGAAUUUAGUUGUUUAUUUAUUUCAUUAUUUAUUAUUUAUAUUUAUUUAUCCAAUUGUUAUUUAAUUAUACCACUAUGCAUAGAGUUUUACGGCAUUUUGUUGAGACUCGCACGUUUUUUGUGCAUCCGAUCUGACGGGAUUCUCUCCAUAGCAAUACACGUUCUCGUACCUCAAGCGCGUCAUGUUCAUGUGUUUAUUCUCCCCUCUAGUCGUUUGUUUCCGCCUUUACGUAGCUCGUGUAUAUAAAUCGCGCGUCUUAGACUGACCACUCACACACGCUACACACCUCGUUGCAAGUGGAAUACCGGUGGCGGAGGGGGUAACCGAAGACAAAAUUCGGUUUUGCAAAUUCCUUUCCCCUGUCCCCCCUCAGAGGUUAGACCCCGGAUGCGAGCCCAGGACCUUGUGUGACAGCAUGACAAAUGGAGUUUCGUUUAAAUUCCUGUCUUUUGUGACUAAUGUGCUUGGGGGCUCCCCUCGGCUCCCGUUUUCCCCCACGCGCCACAGGAAGACCCCCUCUACGUGGGGGAAUGAAGGAUUAGCAAUGGUGGAUUUUUUCUCUCCUUCACUUACUCUUGCGACAGCAGUUGGCGUUGCUAAACCAUCGUUAGGUGAUUCCUUUUUCGACCUGCUACACCAAAAUCACACAAGAGCAUCAUCCGAGGCUCCAGGGCAAAGCAAUACACGAAAAUCUCAUUCUGGACUGAAUUUGGACGAGAAGAAAACUUUACAAAUUGAUAAUAAUAAUAAUAACAACAACAACAACAUGCAAAAAAAAAAUAGAAAAAGUAGCGCCCGUAUAUUUAGACAUCAGAAGAACUUUAUCUGACAUUUUCUGAAACUAUAAACUGCAAUAAAAUGUUUCAAAAAUAUCAGAAUAA